AUGAAUUCAUUUAUAAGUCGUCGUUUGGGUGCUCUGAUGAUUGCAAGUGUCCCUGGAGUCCUGGGAAUCACGUCUGCUACUUCUACCUCUGCGUCCACCGUGGUAGCAUCAACCUCAACAACAGCAUUACCCACCACAGCUGCCUAUUUUGUCGAUGGAACUACCACCACCUUUGCACAUAUUACACUCACGGCAACUGGCACAGAUGAAGGUGUGAUAAUAGUGAAGGAAACAGGAGUGGCACACGUUCUUGAUUCCACAUUGAUCAAAACCGGAAAUACCACAAUCGACGGAGAAAGCUCCUUCACAGACCUCAAUGCUGCAGUUGGAAUAGAGACCAAUGGCACGAUAUUCAUCUCUAACGGCAAGAUAAUCACCAACGGGCUGAGUGCCAAUGGACUUCACACGUAUGAGGAUGGAUCAACGGCUUAUCUUUCCAACGUCAAUAUCCAUGCUGAAGGGGAUGGCUCUCACGGAAUAUACACAGGUGGAGGCUCUAUCUACGGAAAUGACUUGACAAUUAAUACCUACGGCGGCCAUGGGAGUGCUAUUGCCACCGACCAAGGCGGAGGCUUGAUUGAAGUCAGCGACAGCGUUGCCAAUACAUACGGGGCUCUGUCCGCUCUUGUGUACUCGACUGGCAACAUCACCACAUCCCAUCUAUCCGGUAUUUCUGCAAUCGCGCCUGUUGCCUGCAUUGAUGGAUCCAAUUCAUUCACCCUGAACGAUCCCUCUGUCACGUCCGGUACCCAGAACAACGGGGUGUUUCAGAUUGUGAGUACGGUCGCGAGCAACGGCACUGUGGACACAGCCUAUGCAUAUGUUUCCGGUGGAUCUGUUGCGGAGACCAAUGGGACUUAUGGUGUGCUGUUUGUCGCAAAUGUACAAGCGUAUGUUUAUUUCACGGCGGUGGAUAUCACAGCAAAAUCGGGUAUCUUGGCGAAUAUCACGGCAGACGACCAAUUUGGCACAUCUGGUAUCAACGGAGGGACUGUUAACUUAUUCUUGACUGAUUUGCAUGUCUCUGGUGAUAUAUAUGUUGAUGCUAUAAGCGAGGCCAAUAUUUAUUUGGUUCGAUCUCACUGGAGUGGUGCUAUCAAUACGUUGAACACUACAGGUACCGUUUCAGUCCAUGUUGAUGCGGAAAGUACGUGGACUCUGACUGGUGACUCCAACGUGGGGACGAUUGGCAUGGAAGGGAGGGGUUCAAAUGUGCAUCGGGGACAGUAUGAUUUGAGUUACGACCGUAAGGCGAAGAGCUAA